AUGGGCUUCGGCCACACAGUGCGGACCUUCUGGUUCACCACCCCUCCCAAGCCCGGCCCGGACGUGCCCUUCCGGCUAGGCCUCAUCGGCGACCUGGGCCAGACGUCUGACUCCAACAGCAGACUGACCCACUACGAGGCCACGGGGGGUGACGCCGUGCUCUUCAUGGGCGACCUCUCCUACGCCGACAAACACCCCCUCCACGACAACAAUCGUUGGGACACGUGGGGCCGCUUCUCCGAGCGCAGCGUCGCCUACCAACCAUGGAUCUGGGUCACCGGCAACCACGAGGUCGACUAUGCACCGGAGCUCGGCGAGACGGCGCCGUUCAAGCCAUUCAGUCAUCGGUACUCGACGCCGCACCAGUCGAGCGGCUCGCCGGAGCCCUACUGGUACUCGGUGAAGCUCGCGUCCGCGCACAUCAUCAUACUGUCCUCCUACUCCGCGUUCGGCAAGUACACGCCGCAGUACAAGUGGCUGGAGGCGGAGCUGAAGCGCGUGAACCGGAGCGAGACGCCGUGGCUGAUCGUGGCAUCGCACUCGCCGUGGUACAACAGCUACAACUUCCACUACAUGGAGGGCGAACCGAUGCGUGUGCAGUUCGAGCAGUGGGCCGUCGACGCCAGGGUCGACCUCGUCUUCGCCGGGCACGUGCACGCGUAUGAGCGCAGCCACCGGGUGUCCAACAUCAAGUACAACAUCACAGACGGGAGGUGCAAGCCGGUGCGGGACCGCCGCGCGCCUGUGUACAUGACCAUCGGCGACGGCGGCAACAUCGAGGGGCUUGCCGACAGCAUGACGGAGCCGCAACCGAGCUACUCGGCGUUCCGGGAGGCUAGCUUUGGGCAUGCCGUGCUGGACAUCAAGAACCGCACGCACGCCUACUACGCUUGGUACCGCAACGCCGACGGCGUCAAGGUUGAUGCCGACACCGUGUGGUUCACCAACCGCUACUACAUGCCCAACCACGACGACUCCCGUUGA